AUGGACGCCUCAACAGCGGAGCUCAGCCACACCAGAGCGGAGGUCACCUCUCCCCUCUUCGGGGCCUUCGGUAGCAGUGGCGGAGGGAGUUGGAGCUUACCCAGGUCGGACUCGUGGAACUACCUGCCCCUGGAAGGGGACCCCUGGAGCUACUCGGCCUCAGACCCCGAGUUCUCCAACGUGUCCUCCCCUGAGACCAUCUCUCCGUCCUCCGUCAUGGACUUUUUUUCGCCUCCUGGGUCGGCCGCGGCUGCCCACUCAGCGCAGUCGCCCUCCCCAUCCCCAGUGACCACGUCCUCCUCGUCCUGUGAGGAGAGCGGCUGCUCCGGCAACGGCGCUGGCCAAAGGAGCAAACGGAAGCUGCGGUCGCGGAACCCGAGCCGUCAGCGUCAGAGCGCCAGCGAGAAGGAGAAGCUGCGCAUGAGGGACCUGACCAAAGCGCUGCAUCACCUCCGCACCUAUCUGCCGCCCUCCGUGGCCCCGGCCGGACAGACCCUCACCAAGAUCCAGACGCUGCGCCUCGCCAUCCGCUACAUCGCUCACCUGUCCGCACAGGUACAGGUCGGCCAUGUGGACAUGGGUGUGAGGAUGGAGCGUGGAAUGGAAGCCCGCCAAAGCCCAGCCCAGGCUCAUGGACAGGCGUACCCUCAGGUGGACAGCCCAGCCCAACACAUUCAGUACUCUCAGCACCAGUCCACAAACCACUGGAGCCACCAAAGAGAUCAGUACACUCACCGUUUUGAGCAGUACGCCCUUAUUCAACAGAGCCAGCAGACAAUCACAAACUGCCAGACUUCAGCUUUACAGCAAGACAUGAUAUCAUAUCAGAAAGAAAACCUGGUGCAAUUAAGUCAUGGAUUCUAG